CCCCCCAGGCCAGGACCUGCGGACACCCCUCCCUCCGGCUGGCGGAUGCAGUGCCUAGCGGCUGCUCCUAAGGACGAAACCAACAUGAGUGGGGGAGGGGAGCAGGCCGACAUCCUGCCGGCCAACUACGUGGUCAAGGAUCGCUGGAAGGUGCUGAAAAAGAUUGGAGGCGGGGGCUUUGGUGAGAUCUACGAGGCCAUGGACCUGCUGACCAGGGAGAAUGUGGCCCUCAAGGUGGAGUCCGCCCAGCAGCCCAAGCAGGUCCUCAAGAUGGAGGUGGCUGUGCUCAAAAAGCUGCAAGGGAAAGACCACGUGUGCCGGUUCAUUGGCUGUGGCCGGAAUGAGAAGUUCAACUACGUGGUGAUGCAGCUCCAGGGACGGAACCUGGCUGACCUGCGCCGCAGCCAGCCGCGAGGCACCUUCACGCUGAGCACCACGCUGCGGCUGGGCAAGCAGAUCCUGGAGUCCAUCGAGGCCAUCCACUCCGUGGGCUUCCUGCACCGUGACAUCAAGCCGUCAAACUUUGCCAUGGGCAGGCUGCCAUCCACUUACAGGAAGUGCUACAUGCUGGACUUCGGGCUGGCCCGGCAGUACACCAACACCACGGGGGACGUCCGGCCCCCUCGGAAUGUGGCCGGGUUUCGAGGGACUGUUCGAUAUGCCUCGGUCAAUGCCCACAAGAACCGGGAGAUGGGGCGCCACGAUGACCUGUGGUCCCUCUUCUACAUGUUGGUGGAGUUUGCAGUGGGGCAGCUGCCCUGGAGGAAGAUCAAAGACAAGGAGCAGGUAGGGAUGAUUAAGGAGAAGUAUGAGCACCGGAUGCUGCUGAAGCACAUGCCCUCUGAGUUCCACCUUUUCCUGGACCACAUCGCCAGCCUUGACUACUUCACCAAGCCUGAUUACCAGUUGAUCAUGUCGGUGUUUGAGAACAGCAUGAAGGAGCGGGGCAUUGCCGAGAAUGAGGCCUUUGACUGGGAGAAGGCCGGCACCGAUGCCCUCCUGUCCACGAGCACCUCUACCCCGCCCCAGCAGAACACCCGGCAGACCGCAGCCAUGUUUGGGGUGGUCAACGUGACACCAGUGCCUGGAGACCUGCUCCGAGAGAACACAGAGGACGUGCUGCAGGGAGAGCACCUGAGUGACCAGGAGAACGCACCCCCAAUCCUGCCCGGGCGGCCCCCUGAGGGGCUAGGACCUGGACCCCACCUCAUUCCCCAUCCUGGUGGUCCUGAGGCUGAAGUCUGGGAGGAGACAGAUGUCAACCGCAACAAACUCCGGAUCAACAUCGGCAAAACCCCCUGUGUGGCUGAAGAGGAGCAGAACCGAGGUGUAGGGGUCCCCAGCUCUCCAGUGCGUGCACCCCCAGACUCACCGACAACCCCAGUCCGUUCCCUACGCUACCGGAGGGUCAACAGCCCUGAGUCAGAGAGGCUCUCCACUGCGGAUGGGCGGGUGGAACUCCAUGAGAGGAGGUCACGGAUGGAUCUGCCCGGCUCACCCUCGCGCCAGGCCUGCUCCUCGCAGCCGGCCCAGAUGCUGUCAGUGGACACAGGCCAGGCCGACCGGCAGGCCAGCGGCCGCAUGGACGUGUCGGCCUCCGUGGAGCAGGAGGCCCUGAGCAACGCCUUCCGCUCGGUGCCGCUGGCCGAGGAGGAGGACUUCGACAGCAAGGAGUGGGUCAUCAUCGACAAGGAGACGGAGCUCAAGGACUUCCCCCCGGGGGCCGAGCCCAGCACGUCUGGCACCACCGACGAGGAGCCCGAGGAGCUGCGGCUGCUGCCUGAGGAGGGUGAGGAGCGGCGGCGGCCAGGGCUUGAGCCCACCCUCCGGCCCCGGGGACGCAGCAUGCAGACACUGGCUGAGGAGGACCUGCGACAGAUGCCAUCCCAGCUUCCACCACCCCAGCUGAGUCAGGCUGAUGGCCGGUCAGAGACUUCGCAGCCCCCCACGCCAGGCAGCCCUUCACACUCGCCCCUGCACUCGGGACCCCGCCCUCGACGGAGAGAGUCAGAUCCCACCGGCCCUCAGAGACAGGUGUUCUCCGUGGCGCCCCCGUUCGAGGUGAACGGUCUCCCACGAGCUGUGCCCCUGAGCCUGCCCUACCAGGACUUCAAGAAAGACCUCUCCGAUUACCGGGAGCGGGCUCGCUUGCUCCACAGGGUCCGGAGGGUGGGCUUCUCCCACAUGCUCCUCGCCGCCCCCCAGGCCCCGCUGAGUCCCCUACAGCCUCAAGCUAAUGGGAAGGAGGAGGAGGAGGAGGAAGAGGAGGAGGAAGAGGAAGAAGAGGAGGAGGAGGAAGAGGAAGAAGAGGAGGAGGAGGAGGAAGGGGAGGGGGAGGAGGAGGCAGUGGCUCUGGGGGAGGCGCUGGGGCCUGGAAGUGGGUCCAGCAGCGAAGGGAGCGAGAGGAGCACCGACCGGAGCCAGGAGGGCGCCCCGUCCACACUGCUGGCCGACGACCAGAAGGAGUCCAGGGGCCGGGCCUCCGUGGCCGACGGGGACCUGGAGCCUGAGGAGGGCUCCAAAACCCUGGUGCUCGUCUCCCCCGGUGACAUGAAGAAGUCGCCUGUCACUGCCGACCUGGCCCCUGACCCUGACCUGGGCACCCUGGCUGCCCUCACUCCUCAAAACGAGCGGCCCCAGCCCACAGGCAGCCAGCUGGAUGUGUCUGAGCCAGGCACCCUGUCCUCCAUCCUCAAGUCUGAGCCCAAGCCCCCUGGGCCUGGGACAGGGUUGGGGACCGGGGCAGUGACCACAGGGGCAGGGGGAGUGGCAGUCACCUCCUCACCCUUCACCAAAGUUGAGAGGACCUUUGUGCACAUUGCAGAGAAAACCCACCUCAACGUCAUGUCUUCCGGUGGACAAGCCUCACGGCCCGAGGAGCUCAGCUCUGGGGGCGAGCUGGGCCUGGAGGUGCCCUCUGAUGGGAGGGCUGCAGAGGAAAGAACCUCUGUGCCCCUGGAGAAUGGCAUUGCCCAGUCAGGGCUGGAGAGCUAUGCCCUGUCUGGCCCUCCUGGGGACACCCCCUUGGAGGUGGCCAAGGACUCACUGCCCAAUGGAUCAUCGCUUGCCGACGGGCCAGCCCCAGCAUCCCUGCUGGAACCAGACCCCGAAAAACUGGCCACCAUCUCCCCCAGUCACCGUGCCACGCCAGGCCCUCGCUGCAGGAGCCGUAUACCUGUCCUGCUGUCUGAGGAGGACACAGGCUCGGAGCCCUCGGGUUCACUGUCGGCCAAAGAGCGGCGGGGCAAGAGGGCGAGGCCACAGCAGGACCUGGCACGGCUGGUGAUGGAGAAGAGGCAGGGCCGGCUGCUGCUGCGGCUGGCCUCCGGGGCCUCCUCCUCCUCCAGCGAGGGCCAGCGCCGGGCCUCUGAGACACUGUCGGGCACCGCCUCGGAGGAGGACACGCCUGCCUCUGAGCCCUCCGUGCCCAGCAAGGCCGGGCGGGCAGCUGCCACCCGCAGCCGGAUUCCCCGCCCCGUCAGCAUCCGCAUGCCCACGCCUGCCCCAGCCCAGCAGUCCCCUGGCAGACCCCGUGGUGCGGCCCCAGCAUCUGACACAGCCAUCACCAGCAGGCUCCAGCUGCAGAAGCCCCCAGGGUCGGCCAUUGCUGCUGACCUCCGUCCCAAACAACCCCCGGGCCGAGGCCAGGGCCCAGGGCGAGCCCAAGCCAGCACCAGGUCCCCAGCCCCGCGCAGUCCGGGCCUCCCCGCCUCCACCACUCGCAACUCCAGCGCGUCUCCCCGGAGCCAGUCCCUGUCCCGCAAAGAGAGCCCCUCCCCCUCGCACCAGGCCCGGCCCGGGGGUCCCCCACCCCGGGGCGCCUCACAGGCCCAGGCCGAGCCUGAUGGCACCUCUUCCCCAGGGGUCCCCAAAAAAGGACCCAGAGGGAAACUCCAGACUCAGCGCUCAGCAACCAAAGGCCGGGCAGGUGCGGCGGAGGGCCGGGCGGGGCACUUCAUCAUGACAGCCUGUGCCACUGGCCCAGAUGCCGGGCUGCUCACCCCAGAACAUGCCUUCCCACCCCAGCCUCACUGUGCACCAAGAGGGACUGUGGAGAGGGACUGUGCCCCAGGGAGCUUUCACAUCUUCACCAUCACCACCACCUUCACCACCACCUUCACGACUACAACCGCCACCACCAUCAGCAUCAUCUACAUAAUCCUCGUCAUCACUGCCCUCUCCCAUGCCUAUUACACCUCCAUGAACACACACCAUGUCACUGAUUUAACUCUUUUCCCAGAGCUCUUUGAGGGAGCCCAGCCUAGUGCAGACUGGAACAUCUCGAGCUCAGUAGCUGGGGCCAAAGACCUGGGCUAG